AAGAAGUGAAAAGCCAUGGGCGUGUUUUCUGUUUUGAACGCCAGCAACGUUUCGCAGGCUGGCUCCCUGGAGGAUGGCAGCAACGGGACAGCAGCGACCCAGUUCAGCCAGCCAGGCUGGAGGAUUGCUCUGUGGGCCAUCACCUACUCCUUCAUCGUUGUCACAUCCAUCCUUGGCAAUGCCACCAUCAUCUGGAUUAUUCUGGCUCACAGGAGGAUGAGGACGGCGACCAAUUACUUCAUCGUUAACUUGGCCCUCUCGGACCUGCUGAUGUCCGCCUUCAACACCAUCUUCAAUUUUAUCUAUGCCAGCCACAACGUCUGGUACUUUGGUGAGGAAUUCUGCAGGUUUCAGAACUGGUUCCCCAUCACUGCAGUGUUUGUGAGCAUUUACUCCAUGACAGCCGUGGCUGCGGAGAGGUAUGUGGCCAUCAUUCACCCCUUCAAGCCCAGGCUGUCUGCUGGAAGCACCAGAGUCAUCAUUGGGGUCAUCUGGCUGGUGGCAUUCGGGCUGGCCUUCCCUCAGUGCUUCUACGCUGAGAUCACCAUGGACAACGGCGCCAUUAAAUGCAUCGUGGUCUGGCCUGAUGACGUGGGAUCCAAGCACCAGCUGGCGUACCACAUCGCCGUGAUUGUGCUGAUUUAUUUGCUGCCUUUGAUGGUGAUGUUUGUUGCAUACAGCAUUAUAGGAGUCACUCUGUGGAGCAGCACAGCUCCAGGCAGCCACCUGAACAGAGUCCACUACGAGCACCAAGUUAAUGCCAAAAAAAAGUUUGUGAAGACCAUGGUGGUAGUGGUGAUCAUUUUUGCUGUCUGCUGGCUGCCCUAUCACAUCUACUUCAUCCUGGGGAGCUUCAAGGAAGACAUCUACCAGCAGAAGUACAUUCAGCAGGUGUAUCUGGCAGUCUUCCUCCUCGCCAUGAGCUCGACAAUGUACAACCCCAUCAUCUACUGCUGCCUGAACCAGAGGUUUCGCUCUGGAUUCAAGCUGGCCUUCCGGUGGUGUCCCUGCAUAAAAGCAACUGAAAAAGACAAACUUAAACUUAUGUCCCCAUCUCUCUAUCAGACAACCCACAGGAAGUCAAGGACAACAAGUUUCAACACAGAAACUCAGCUGAAUGAGAAAGAGAAGACAUCCUUUACUCUCACCCAGUUAACACUCUGAUUUUCUACUCCUGGUUCU